AUGGAUACAAAACAAAUUCUAAUCUGGGCCAAUCAAAGUUCAAAUCCAACAAAAAACAUUUCGGGGAAUUUCGUCGAAUCAUUGUCGAUAUUUGUGACAAAUGUUGGAGAUAUUUUUAUCGAUAAUGGUUGGUCGAACAAUCAAGUUAAUCAAUGGAAUCAACGAAAUGAAAGUUUCAUCACUGUCAUGAGUGUUGAUUCUCAAUGUUUUGGGUUGUUUGUCGAUCAAAAUAAUUCGUUGUAUUGUUCAAUGCUCAAUAAACACAAAGUGAUGAAGAGAUGGUUGAACGAUGUUGAUUUGAAACCAAAAAUUGUUGCUGGAAAUGGCGCUCGAGGUUCUGCUCUCAACCAACUUUAUCAUCCUUAUGGAAUAUUUGUUGAUGUGAAUUUCGAUUUAUAUGUGGCAGAUUAUAGCAAUAAUCGUAUCCAACAAUUUGAAGUUGGACAGUUAAAUGGAAAAACGAAAGUGGGAAACGGAUCUUCAUCCGUCACAUUUACACUCAAUCUUCCAAGUGGAAUUGUUCUCGAUGCACAAAAAUAUUUUUUCAUUGCGGAAUCUGGAAAAGGUCGUAUAAUUAGAGAAGAUGCGAAUGGUUUUCGAUGUUUAGUUGGAUGCGAUGGAAAAGGUUCACAGUCUGAUCAAUUAUCCUCCCCAUUUACUCUGAGUUUUGACAUUGAUGGAAAUAUUUUUGUUAUUGAUAAUGGAAAUCAUCGAAUUCAAAAGUUUAAUUUUGAAAAAACUUCGUGUCAAAACUCUUCAUUUAUUGAAACAACAAAAAAAAUGCAACAAAAUGAAAUGACAACGAUUGAAAACAUCUUACAAAGUCAACAAACGAUAAAAGAAGAAACAACAAUUUUUUCCACAACAAUGAACCAAAUUUCGACAAAUUUUCCAAAAAUCGAAAAAAAAUGUUCCAGUGUUGAAAUUGAUUUAAUUCCUCAUUCAACAUUUUCAUCACCAAUUCAAAUUCGUCGAAAUCGUGAUUUUUAUAUUUUAUCCAAAAUUCAAUUCGAAUGUUCAAAAUCAUUUGAAAUAAAAUCUCAAUGGAAAAUCCGAAAUUGUACAAAAAACUGUACAAAUGAACUUUUGUUCGAUUCGAUUGAUUUCACCCGAACUGAUUUGUACAUUCCUUCAAUAACAAUUCCAUAUGGAAUUUAUGAAUUUACUCUUCAUAUUCAAUUGAAAGAUUAUCUUCAUAUUCGAUCAUCAAAAUCAAUUUAUAUUCAAAUUAAUCCAACAGGAAUCACUGCAAAUCUUGUUCCAUUAGGAACAUCGAUGAUCACAUCUGGUUAUGAAGAAGAUCUUUAUUUAAAUCCAGGAAAUUAUUCCAUUGAUCCUGAUGGUUUUGAAUUUAAUUCUACAGAUUGGGUUUAUCGAUAUUUUUGUCGAAGUUAUAAAACAUAUGAAAUUCAAGGUGAAUUCACAACGAAUGCACAAUCAUCGAAUGAUUCGUCAGAUCUUUCGUGUUUAUUCAAUUCAUCAAAAUACGAAUUUGUCGGAAGAAGAGUUCCGAAAGAAUCUUCAAUAAGAAUAUUUUCGAAUUCGUUUCAAUUAAAUGAAACAUAUCAAUUUAUGGUCCAAAUGAAUAAUCGUCGAAAUGUGACAAUUUAUGCAUCUGGUUUUGUUCUUGUUCAAAUUAAAGAUUUGAAAAGACCAAUGAUCAUCAUCGGAUGUGUCAUUUCAACACUUUGUUCAUCAAAUCUCGAAUAUCAAUUGAUAAAUCCAACAACACAAGUCGCUUUGUAUUCAUUUUGUUAUCGAAAUUGUCGUUUAAAUGAAAUUAUUCAAUGGAAUAUUUAUUAUCCAUCACAAAAUUCAACUCAAUGGAUUUUAUUCUCUCUGAGGAAUUCUUCGUGGUUUUACGGAGAAACAACGAAGAAUUUCACUUCAACAAAUGAUUUAUUUUUGAUUCAUCCUGAGAUAAUUUAUUGGCGAUAUGAAGUUGUUUAUUCAUUUGCCGAUGAAAUAAGCGUUAGUGCAUUGAAUUUUAAAAUCAAUUCUAAACCAUCGAAUGGAACUUGUUCAAUCGAUCGAAUCAAUGGAACGAUCGAAACUUUAUUUCAAAUCAAAUGUCUCGAUUGGCAAAUCGAAGAUAAUAUCAAAGAUUAUUCUUUGUUUUAUUGGUCAAAAGAUCCAACAAAACGAACAAUCGUUGCUUUUUCUCCAAUUUCCAAUUUCACUGUUCGUUUACCAAGUGGAAAUCUUCAUCUUCUUGUUCAAAUUCGUGAUUUAAUGAAUUCAAUCACUGAAUUUAACAUUUCAUCAACUAUUUCCGUCAUUUCACAAGAAACAAAAGGUUUAUUAGUUGAAUUACAUGAAAAUCACGAUCAAAAUUCCAUUGGACAAAUCAUUAGUUCAAUUUCUCAACAAUUUAAUCAAAUGACCAAUGAAAAUCGUGAAAAAGCGACGCAAAAUGGAAUUUCAUCAACACAAAUUUCUGUUUCUUCAUUGGGACAAAAUCGAACUUCUCCAAAUGAUUUUCUCUCCAAUCAAUCAGCAAUGAAAGAAUUCAACGAACAAAUGAAUUUUCAAGCAGAAUUUCGAGAGAAUUUAAGUGAAUUCAUAAGAAACAUUCGUCCGAUGACAAUUGAAAGUAUGAAAUUACAAUUAUCAACGUUAAUUCAACUCACCGAAACAACAAAUCAAUUAACAAGACAAACUCUCAUGAUCGUGACACAAAAAUGUUCCCAAUUAUCGAAAGAUCUUCAUUCUUUAUCAAAUAAAGUUCCGUAUGAAGAUAUUCAAAUGACAGGUCAACAACUUCUUCAAUGUUCUGCCAAUAUUUUAACCGGUGUCAACGGAGUUUUACAACAAAGGACAAAUCUCUUAAAAUCUGAUUUUCAGAGUUCAACGAGAAUCCCUGAUGAUUAUGAUACAAAUUUGGAUUCUGAUUGGUCAAAUUUGAAAUUAUUCGUUGAUGGAAACGAUUUGUCAAUGGAGAAAAUCAAUGAAAAUCGAAAUCGAUUUUAUCAAGAAAAAUUGGCAAAAGAAAUAAUUGAGAAAGUCGAUGAAAUGAUUUCAUUGGUCACUUCAUCGUUUAAUAUUCAUUUAAAUGUUGGACAGAAGAUGAUCAUCGAUACACCAGAAACAUUUAUUUCAUUCGAAUCAAUUUCAAUCGAAUCAAUUUCAAACAAAUCGAUGAAACAAGUUGGAAGAGCAGAAAUUCAUUUUCCAUCGAAUGUCAAAUCUUCUCUUCAAAACAAUUCAUCUGUUCUUCUCUUAAGAUCAAUGAUGGAACGAUUAGCCAUUUAUGAUACAAAUACCAAUACGAAUCUUUCGACGAUGAUUUCAUUGACAAUUCUUGAUCGAAAUGGAAAUGAAAUUCCAUUUGAAACAACAAAACAAAAUCCAAUUCGUUUGAGAAUUCCACGAGAUCCAAAUGUUGUGAUUUCACCAAUGAUUUCUCAUAAUGUUUCAACAUUUAAUUCUUCUUAUCAUAAUCAAACAUUUCAUUAUCAUUUUGUGAAUAUUUCAUCUUCUUUACCAAUUUCCAUUCAUCUCGAAUUUCAACCAAUCGAUGUGAAUUUAUCUUAUUUAUUAAUUUAUAAAUUUGAUCAAAUUCCUCGAUUAAAUCGAUCGAUGAAUGAAAUCGAUGGAUGGAAAUUGUUUUGUUCAUCUCUUCACAAUUCUCCUUUAUUUCUCGACAAUCAACAAACAAUUGAUCAUCGAACAUUCGUAUUUGGUUUACGCGAAUUGACUUCAUUCGAAUCCAAUGAAUUCUGUUCAAAUGAAACUCUUCCAAUUCCAAUUGAUCCAGUUCAUUUCACUUCAGAUUAUCAAACGAGAAUUUACACAUCUGGCUGUUUUUAUCUUAAUCAACAAAAUCAAUGGAAAUCCGAUGGAUUAAUCGUUGGAUCACAAACAAAUCAUUAUGAAACCGAAUGUUUUUCUACACAUUUAACAAAAUUCGCAAGUGGAUUUGUGAUUUUACCUGAGACGAUCGAUUGGAAUUAUGUUUUUCACAAUGUCGAAUUUCACAAAAACAAAACAAUUUACUUAACUGUGAUCAUUGUUAUUCUUAUUUAUAUUAUUUUGAUGAUUUAUGCACGAAAAUAUGAUAAAAAAGAUUCGGAAAAAUUGGGCGUAACACCUUUAUCUGAUAAUCGAUCAUUUGACAAUUAUUUUUAUGAAUUAAUUGUUUUUACUGGUCAUCGAAAAGAUUCAGGAACAAAAUCCAAGGUUCAUUUUAUUUUACAUGGUGAAAAUGACAAAACUCAUAUUCGAACAUUUGAUGAUUCAAAAAGAGAAAUUUUUCAACGUGGUGGAAUUGAUUCAUUUGUUAUGAAAGUUCGAAAACCAUUGGGAUCAUUAAAUUGUCUUCAUAUUUGGCACGACAAUUCGGGAAAAGAUUCCUUUGCAUCUUGGUUUCUUAAAUAUAUAAUUAUUCGUGAUUUACAAACAAUGGAAACAUUUCAUUUCAUUUCUCAACGAUGGUUUGCAGUGGAAAAAGAUGAUGGAAAAAUCGAACGAAUAUUUCCAAGUGCAAAUGAAGAAGAAAAGAAGAAAUUUUCAUUUAUUUUAGCAAAAAAAGCUUUUCAUAAUUUCUCUGAUGAACAUUUAUGGUUUUCAAUCUUUGCUCGUCCACCGUCGAAUCAAUUUUCACGUGUUCAACGAUGUACUUGUUGUUUUGUUUUAUUUUUUAUUUCAAUGCUUUCAAAUAUUAUGUUUUAUGAUCUCCGAAAUGAAGCAAAAGUGAAAAAUUCAACAAAUCUUUCAUUUGGAACAUUUUCCAUCACAUCCGAUGAAAUUCUCAUUGGCAUUACGAGUGAAUUGAUUUCGUUAAUUCCAAGUCUUUUGUUAAUUCAAUUCUUUCGUCGUCUUCGAUCUCGUCAUCAACGAACGAAUCCAAUCUGGAAGAAGAAGAAGAAAUGUUCAUUUAGAUUUCCUUGGUGGUUUUUAUUUGUUGCGUAUGGAAUUUCUUUUCUAUUAUUUCUCAUUUCGAUAUUCUUUAUCAUCGUACGUGGAAUUGAAUUUGGUGAUGUGAAAAGUCAACAAUGGUUGAUUUCAGUUCUUUCGUCAUUCUUCUCAUCGAUUCUUCUCACCGAACCAAUUAAAAUUUUAUCUUUGGCAAUAUUUUUUGCAUUUUUUUGUCGAAAAUCACCGAAUGAAGAUGAAGAAUUGAAAGAAUAUUUUGAUGAAAAUCAAUUAAUGUUGAAUAAAGAUGAAGAAAAUCUUCAUUCAUCAAUUGAAAUUCUUCCAUCGACUCGUCCUAAUCGAUUAACUCCAAAUGAAAUCGCUUGUGCUCGACAAAUUCGUCUUCGUGAACUUCAAAUGUGGAAAAUUAUUCGAGAAAUUCUCUUUUCGAUUUGUUUUCUUUCUCUUCUCUUCGUAAUUGUUUAUUCAAAUCAUAAUGAAAACGCUUCGUUUCAAGUUCGACAUCUUCAAAAAUCAUUCCCAGUGGAAAUCUCAUCAGUGAAUGAGUAUUGGGAAUGGUUAGAAGAAGAUUUUAUUGGAAAGAUUCGUGCACACAAAUGGUACAAUGGAAAGAAUGUGGAAUAUCUCCGUGGACAUCUCAAUGACACUUCAAAUCGACUUCUCGGUUGGGCGUUGAUGAAACAAUCACGAAUUCGAACAGAACUUUGUCCAAAACGAAUCAAAUUAAAUUCAAUUUGUCGAAAUGAUUUGAGUUUGUCAAAUGAAGAAAAACGUUCAUUUUCUCCUGGAUGGUUUGAACAUUCCACUUCGUUAUUUUCUUCAUCAAUUUCUCAAUCAUUUCAAUACAAAUCCAAAGAUCGUGGAUACAUUUAUGAAUUUCGUGGUUCAAUGAAAGAUCUUCGAGGAAAUCUUUCCGAACUUCAUCGAUUCCAAUGGAUUGAUCAACAAACACGUGAAAUUCAAAUCCAAAUGUCACUUUAUAAUCCAAAUGUGAAUUUAUUUACUUUUGUGAAACUUCAAACACAAUUUGAUUCAACAGGAAAUAUUGAUUUUCAAUCUCGAUUUGAACCAAUUCAUUUUUACGCUUUUACGUCAUUUUCUCAAUUAAUUUGUACAAUCAUUUACUUAUUGUUGAUUCUUUAUAUGAUUUUCAAUGAAAUUCGAUCGAUUGUCAAUUUCAAAUGGAAAUAUUUCAUUGAAUUUUGGUCGAUAAUCGAUCUCGGUCUGAUCAUUUGUUCGAUUUCAUCAAUUGGAAUUUAUUUCGUUCGAUUUCAAAUUGGAAAAGAAAUUGGAAAAUUAUUUCGUGAAAGUCAAGGUGAUGUUUUUCUAAAUUUAGAAGAAUCUGUUUAUUUCAACGAUCUUUUGAAUUAUUUUUAUGGUUUUUCUUGUUUCUUUGGCACAAUUAAACUUCUUCAUUUAUGUCGAUUUAAUCGUCGUUUAUCUUUAUUCGCAGAAACACUUCGUUUAUCAACAAAAGAAUUCGUUUCAUUUUCAUUGAUGUUUUCAAUUCUUUUCAUUUCAUUUCUUUGUUUAUUUUAUCUUCUUUUUCUUUCAAAAAUCCAAUCCUGUUCAACUUUAUUCGACACAUCACAAAUGUUAUUUGAAAUGAUUUUAAUGAAAUUCGAUUCGGAUGAAUUAUCUCGUGCGGGAACAUUUCUUGGGCCAUUUUCUUUAACUUUAUUUACUCUUCUCGUUGUUUUCAUUUGCUUAAGUAUCUUUUUAUCAAUUAUCAACGAGAAUUUUCGACUCGCGCGGGAAAAAGUCAUCGAAGAUCCGGAAGUAUUUUCAUACUUAACGAAGAAAUUUCUUCAAUGGACAGGAAUAAGAAAACGACCAGAAUCGGAAAUUCAAGAAGAAAAAGAUCAACAAAUGCGUGAGAAAUAUUUCCACACAACCGAUACACUUCGAUUACGAACAAAUCAAUUCGUCAAUCAAAUUAAUCGAAUUUAUUUUAAUCAACGAACAACAAAUGUCUAA